AUGCGCGCGCUGCGGACCAUCGUGGACAUGUCGUACGCCCGCCACUUCCUGGACUUCCAGGGCUCCGCCAUCCCCAAAACCAUGCAGAAGCUGGUGGUGACCCGGCUGAGCCCCAACUUCCGCGAGGCGGUCACCCUGCGCCGGGACUGCGCGGUGCCUCUCCCCGGGGACGGAGACCUCCUCGUCCGAAACCGAUUUGUGGGUGUUAAUGCCUCGGAUAUCAACUACUCUGCUGGCAGAUAUAACCCUUCUAUGAGGGUCCCCUUCGAUGCAGGUUUUGAAGGCAUCGGUGAGGUGGUGGCCUUGGGCCUCUCUGCUAGUGCCAGCUAUACAGUGGGCCAAGCUGUGGCUUACAUGGCACCUGGCUCUUUUGCUGAGUAUACAGUUGUACCAGCCAACAUUGCAAUCCCAGUGCCUUCAGUGAAACCUGAGUACCUCACCCUGCUGGUAAGUGGCACUACUGCACACAUCAGCCUGGCCGAGCUUGGAGAGUUGUCAGAAGGGAAAAAAGUUUUGGUGACGGCUGCAGCAGGGGGGACAGGACAGUUUGCUGUACAACUUUCAAAAAGGGCGAAAUGCCACGUCAUUGGAACCUGCUCCUCUGAUGAAAAGUCUGUCUUCCUGAAGUCCAUUGGCUGCGAUCGUCCCAUCAACUACAAAACGGAGGACGUGGCUUCGGUCCUCAAGCAGGAGUACCCCGAAGGUGUGGACGUGGUCUACGAGUCUGUGGGGGGCUCCCUGUUUGACUUGGCGGUAGAUGCAUUGGCCACCAAAGGUCGUUUGAUCGUAAUUGGGUUUAUCUCUGGCUACCAAACUCCUACUGGCCUUUCGCCUGUUAAAGCAGGAACAUUGCCAGCCAAACUGCUAAAAAAAUCUGCCAGCAUCCAGGGUUUCUUCCUGAACCAUUACCUUUCUAAAUAUCAGGCAGCCUUAGACCAUUUGCUCAAAAUGUGCGAACACGGGGAACUGGUAUGUGAAGUGGACCUCGGAGCCUAUUCUCCCAGGGGCACGUUUACUGGCUUGGAGUCUGUAUUCCGGGCUGUCGAGUAUAUGUACAUGAGGAAAAACACUGGGAAAAUUGUCGUUGAAUUAUCUCACACUGUCAGCAGUAAACUGUAA